AUGGUGGUGGCAGUGGUGGUGGCGGCGGUGGCGGCGGCGGUGGUGGUCAUUGUGUUGUUGGUGGUUGAGGUGGCAACGAGGGUGGUGGUGGUGGUGGAGGCGAUAGUGGCGAUGGUGACGGUUGUGGUCGUGGUGGUGCUGGGUGGUGGUGGUGGUGGUUGCGGCAGUGGCGCUAGUGGCGGUGCUAGAGAGGGUGGUGGUGGCGGCGGUGCUGGUGGUGGUGGCUGUGGUAGUGGCGGUGGCGGCGGUGCCGACGAUGGUUGUGGUGGUUGUAGUGGUGGUGGUGGUGGUGGUGAUUGCUGUGGCUUUGGUGGCGGUUGUGCUGGUGGCAGGGGUGUUGGUGCUGCUGGUGGUCAUGGUGGUGGCAGUGGUAGUGACGGUGGUGGUGACGAGGGUGGUGGUGGUG